AUGGGUCGCGGUGUGAGUGCCGGUGGUGGUCAGAGUUCUUUGGACUAUCUCUUUGUGACUGAUGAGGCUGCCAAUAACAAUGCCCCGGCUGCAGACAAUGUCCCAGCUGCAGACAUUGCUCCAGCUGCAAGCAGUGAAGGUCAGCCUGCAGAUGGUAGCAGCCCUACAGAAAAUACUACUGUUACAUCACCAGAUGAUAAGCAAGUUCCACCUGGAGAUGUUCCUGGUUAUCUUAAAAACAAUUACCAUCGUGCUGAGGGACAAAACUGUGGUAACUUCGUCACGGAUCGACCAUCUACAAAGGUUCAUGCCGCUCCAGGUGGAGGGUCUUCCUUGAAUUACCUCUUUGGUGGUCCUCCUCCUGAGAACAAGUAA